UUUGCACUUGGUGGAUGUCUAUUACUGAGCAUUUUACUAAACGUCGUUUUUUUAUGCGUAAAAUACAAUCAUCGGAAGAGGACACCAGAAGCACCACCUCAAAAAUCACCGAGUCCUGUCAAUAUUCCAAUGGAAGAAGUUGAGCUGCCACCAGAGCAAUCGCCUCUAUACCAGGAACCGCGUUAUCCGGAUUUUGAAGUUUUCUCGGAAAUAGAAGAGGAGGAAUACGUCAUACCCCCCACGUCACAAACAGAAACCGUAGAGGUCUACGGUGAGCCUAAGACACCUUCACAAAAUCCUGGGGAUGCUGAUUUUCAUGAGAAUAAACUAGGGGAUCCUCAAAGUAACAGCGAAGGUAUGGAUGAAGAUCAGUAUCCGGAAUACGAAAAUAUGGAAAACAAUUCUUUACCAGCGAUUGCUAUGACUCCACUAAAUUCCACUAAAGACCAUCCACAUGAAUGAUGUAAUUUCUCGUUAACACAUCUCAAGACGAACGUGGAUGGCAUCCAGGUUUAAUGAAACGUUCGUGUUAGAGUGAGCCUUAGUGUAGAAAUCAUGCGGAGUUUAGUUCAGAGUUUAGUUAAAAGUGGUUAAUUAGUGUCGGAUUUUAUUGUUUUAACUAUCUACAACUAACAUUCUACAUACUGAUGCUAGCCAUAUUGAAAACCUCUCUUCAGUGCCAGCUACAACAGUUUUGACAGUCUCAAACAUGCAAGUCCGUUAACGAACUCCCUUCAUGCUUGACUAUAACUGUUUAGUGUUUGUCUGGGGUUCGUUGUACAUUACACCGUUGCCACUACCUCAGACGUGUUUGAAUCUUCUUUACCAAGCUUAAGCAGAUGUACUACGAGGUGCUCGUCGUUAUGUUUAAUUUUCCUUAAUUAUACUUAUGUAGUUUUUUGGGUAUAUGGGUAUUAGAAUAGAAAGUACAGCUCUUUAAAAUCAGAUGUUCUGGUUGGCAAAUGUUUUUUGAAUAAAGA